UUCAUCAAUUCACUACACAGUCCUAUGCACUGUACAAUCCUGUACAUGAUCAUGUCCACUUCCACCAGCAAAAACCCUUCCAGUUCUUCAAUUUCAACUAUCAAUGAAAGAACAGCCAGUCCGGUCAUUGCCAGCUCAUCUGACACUUCAUGGGAGCUGCACGCAGAUGAUUUCACCAAGGAUCUAUCUUGCUUUCUGUGUCUGGAGUUGUUUAGGGAGCCAGUUAUUUUGCCCUGUGGCCAUAACUUCUGCAGACAUUGUCUAGAGGCAACAUGGGCAAAAAAGGGCGUAUUCUGCCCAGAAUGCCAUGCAAAUGUUCCGGACCGAAAGUACAUAGCAAACUCGGUAUUGGAGAAAAUGGCGGAUAAGAUUAAGACAUUUCACGUGGGGUGUCAGCAACAGAGGUGCAUUGAGCACAGCGAGCCAUUGACCCUUUACUGGAAGCCACAAGAAAAACUAGCCUGCUUCACCUGUCGGGAAGCUCAGAUACCCAAAGACCAAUGUUCCCAGUUUCUUCUCAUCCCCGAUGCUGUUCAGAUUUACACGGAAAAGCUGCUCAUGUUGAGAAUUCAGCUCAGGUCCACCUUGGUGAAGCUAGAAGUGUUGAAGAAUGCCCAGGAAGAGAAGAUUGCUAAUCAUAAAGAGAACAAAUUGCAACUUCAGUACCAUAUCUCCUUGGAAUUCCUAAAAUUGCACCAGUUCCUUCAUGGCAAGGAGAAAGUAUUUAUCAACCAGUUAAAGGAAGAGGGUGAAAUCAUUCUCCAAGACAUGGAGGCAAAUCUAAACAAACUCCAAGACCAAACCCAGAGCGCUAAGGAUACCUUGGCCUGCAUUCAGUCACGGCUGUAUCAGCAGAAUUCUGCUGUCUUCCUGAAAGAAAUCAAAGCUUUCAUGGAACGGAUGGAGAAGAAAACUGGAAAUUCAUCAUUGGGCGAACUCGUGACCGGAGCGCUGAGCACAGGGGAUUACAAGGGGCCCAUGCAUUACGCAGUAUGGAAGGAAAUGAAAUCCAUCCUCAGCCCAGACAUUUCCUUUUUCACCCUGGACCCCAAAACAGCACAUCCGAACUUGAUUCUCUCUGAUGGGAUGACUUGCGUAAAGCAUAAUGACAAAAAGCAGAUGCUGCCAGAUACUCCAGAGAGAUUUGACUGCAGUGUUUCUGUCCUGGGAUCCAUAGGGUUCACCUCUGGAAAGCACUACUGGGAAGUGGACGCGCAGAAGAAGACCAAAUGGACCUUGGGAAUAGUGAGAGAGAGCAUUAACCGUAAAGGGAACUACCCACUGUCACCCAAAGAAGGACAUUGGCUUAUAAAGCUAAGGAAUAAGAAUGAGUUAAAGGCUGUAGAUGUCCAUGCAAAAUGCCUAAACAUUGCUCAAACGCCCAGUAGAAUUGGGGUGUAUUUGGAUUAUGAAGGUGGCCAGGUGUCCUUUUAUGACGCUAGCAUCAUGUCUCACAUCUACACUUUCACAGAAACGUUCACAGAGAAACUUUACCCAUACUUUUGUCCAUGUUUGAAUGACUCUGGAGAAAACAGUGCUCCCCUGAAAAUUCUUGCCUAUAGUAUGUAGAUGCACAGUGAGGAAGAGGUCCAUAUGUAAAGCCCGAACCUCUGACCUACUAUAUACAGCUAAUGUAUAGGAUCUGGUGCUAAAAUCUCAUUACCAAUUCAAGGGUACAAGCUGGUAUCUUUGGACUUCUCUUGGGACCUAAUUCCAGCCCUGUUACUGGUGCAGGAGCAGUCAUUGGAGAUCCGGCACUGGUAGCUACCAUUGCACUUCCUGUGGCAUAGCUGCAUAAGUGGUUAUACAGUUCUGUCAUGUCUGAAAAGGUGGGCGGAUCCCUUCUCGGCACCUUAAGUGGCAUCAUAAUCUAGGCCUUUGGGAUCCUUACACUGAUGUCUCCUAAUUGCAAGGUCAAAAGAGGAGGGGAGAACUGUUCAUUUGUGUCGAAUCUAUAUAAACUAAAGUCCAUUAUUUCACAACAGCAAAUGUUAAACACAUUUAAAUGGUUUCACAUUCACUUUGCAAAGCGAGUUUAGAGCCUGUGUGCAAUUGUCUACUUAUAUAUUUAUUAGAAAAUAUUAAGAUUAGAAAUGGCGGGAUGCAGCUCCAAAGUUGAAUAAGGUUAGCUGAUUCAGAAUAGAAGCAAAAGUGAGAAAACGGAGGAGUUCUGAGAGUAUUGGACUUUGGAACGCAAUAACUUUCUUUUGGGCAAAUAAUUCAUUCCCUAACAAAGCUGUUUUAGU